AUGUCCAUUGAAUUUGCUGUCGUCUGGUCUCACCUGGCUGGGAUUCUGCUGGCGUUUUUAGCUCCAGCACAUGCAAUCUUCCUCGCCCAGCAAAACAUUUCGGCCGAUACCCCCAGCACGUACUGUGGAUUUUACGGCCUACAGCGUUACAGAGCCUGGUGUGAUGCCAACAUAUCCGCCUUCGUGGCAUCUAACAAGGUACGGCAUCCGGACUGGGCGAUUUGGAAGACCAUGGCCAUCAUUUGGUCCAUACUGGGCUUCACAGGGUUGUUAAUGGUGAUCUAUUGGCUGCUCCGCUGGCUGCUGCGCCGCCGCGCGAGAGACGCCGACCGCACCCCGGUGACCGCACUCUCGGACCUGGGAAAGGAGCAGAUCAAGCAGGAGGCGGCGGCGGCGGCGGCGGGACAAUUUAAUGGCAGUGGCGCCGCCGCGACCGUGACACUCUGGCCUACCACACCCGACGGCAAGCCCAUCCUAGCGUACGGCACAUCGUACCCCCCGCAGCCGCCACUGAUUGCGUACAUCAACGGUCUAGCCGCUGGCGGCCGUCUGGCCCCAAACGUAGGCGAUGCUCUGUUGCAAGCGGCCACCGCCAGCCGACCCGCCUACAACGGGCCGCCCAUGCGCACGCCGCCCGUCAACAUACCUCCCUUGACCGGUGUCGUACUGCCGCCGCCCCCGCCGCCGGGGUCUGCGUCACCGCGGAUGCCGUACGGCAGCCCUGUUGCGGCUGGUGCAGAGGAUCUGCCGCUGGCGGCGGCGGCGGCGGCGGCAGGUGGCGGGGAGGAAAGCGAGGAGGCCGCCCCGGAGACUGCGGCAGCCGAAGCCGCAGCUGGCGGUAGUGGAGAUGAUGGUGCGUUGAUGCCGCCGCCAGCUGCCACGUUGCACAACCCGGGAGCCACGUCACCGCGAUGGUGA